UGCUGCAUGCCAAAGCAAUACACUACACACAAGCAUAGGUCAAGCACGCAAUCAACGACACAAAAUAUAGUACUUCGUCGACUCGACUACUCGAGUUUAUCUUUCGUUUUUGUCUCUUUUUUUGUUUCUUUUCGUUUGACGGCCAUGAAAUCUUCGACUACAAGCCAGUCUAGUAUGAGUGCAGCGGUGUCUGAGCGGAUAGACUUGGAACUAAGGUGUCCAAUAUGUCUGGACAGGUAUGGUGGACCUCUCAAAGCUCCCCGAGCUCUCCCUUGCCUUCAUUCUCUCUGCAGUGCCUGUCUUACUAUCUUCAUUAAAAACGAAAGAGCUGGUUCCCUGCUGAACUGUCCAACUUGCAGACAACCCUUCUCAGUGCCUUUCAACGGCACUUUCGGGUUCCCAGUAAACUUGAGUGUCAACAACCUCUUAGAAAUAGCGGAUUUGCUAACAUUGGAAAGAGGUGAGGACAGAAGAACGUUAUCGAAAAUACGAGUUUGUAAGAACCACCGCACAGAAAUAAUCAAAAUGUACUGUAAGGAGUGUCAGGAGAGCUGUUGUACGCUGUGUGCCGUCACAACCCAUAAACUUCACCAGACUCUGACCCUUACUCAGGCUAGCGAAGAGAUAAGAACGAGACUGAGAAGUAUUGAUAAGGAGUGUACCUCAUCUCAAGCUGAACUGGAUGUCCGGCUUAACCAUGUUAGUUCCCAGAAAGGAAUGCUGGAAGGUUCGACAGCGACCGCUAAGAAGUUGAUAACAGAGUCAGUGGAACAGUGUAUCACCGCAAUAAAGAGCAGGGAGAAGAACCUGAUGGCAGCUCUAGAUCGGGACAAAAGAUUAUCACAGGAGAUUCUAAACAGACAAAGAGAACGACUCAUUUCUAAGAGAACUGCUCUUGAAAAGAGAAAACAGAAGGUUCUAGAAACACUCCACUGUUCGGACGUGGAACUGAUGAAGACAGACGUUGAGUUCAGUGCCCCCUCCACCCCCACUACAGUGUUUGGGGAAACCAAGAACAUCGUAUUUGAACCACAUAACUUGGAUAACAUCUGCAGGGCAGCCAGGAGUUUGGGAGAUCCCAAUAUUGUACUGUCACUCCAAACAGGCAGUUCAGCAUUAACAGGACAGUUAGUGGGAGGUAAGGGGACCGAGUCCGGGGAGUUCCAGUACCCACUCGGACUCAGAUCACACGGGGGCGCACUUUACAUCGCUGACGCAGGUAACAACAGGGUGCAAAUCCUAAACUCCACCCUUCAACACGAACUGAGUAUUACCAGUGAUGGAGACAGCUCACCUUUUGAUAGGCCUAAUGAUGUUUGUAUUGAUAAGAACGGGAUGAUUAUUGUAGCGGAUACAUUUAGGAACUCUCUUCACUGGUACACACAAGAAGGCUGCCACCAAAGAACCCUGACUGGUAUCCUGAACCGGCCCUUCUCAGUCUGCGUCAACUCUGAGAACUCAGUGGUGGUGGCUGAUACGGGCAACCACCGGGUUAGGGUCAUCUCUCAGUCCGGGAAGCGGAACUUAGUGUUCGGGAAAUACGGGAAAGAGGAGGGAGAUUUUGAUGGGCCUCAUUCGGUGGCAGUUGACAAGUAUGAUAAUAUUUACGUGGCAGAUUUGUACAAUCAGAGGCUUCAGGUAUUUGACAGCGAGGGAAAGUAUCUACGAACAAUUGGAAGCAAUCUGCAUCUCCAAGCUCCUCGUUCAAUUGCAAUCAACCGUGGAAAAAUCUACAUCGUCGACUGGGGCUACACUUUCAUACAGGUUCUGAACCUGAAAGGAGCCCAGCUGCUUCAGUUUGGAGUCUACACACUUCAAGGAGAACAAAUCACCCCCAACUCCAUUGCUACAGAUCCCGAGGAUAGACUGUACGUUAGUGACUGCAACAAUCACAAGGUCUACAUGGUCAAGAUGGAAAACACAUGAUUUAAUGCACGUGCAACAAUCACAAGGUCUACAUGGUCGAGAUGGAAAACACAUGAUUUACUGCACGUGCAACAAUCACAACUACAUGUUCAAGAUGGAAAACACGUGAUUUACUGCACGUGCAACAUGAAUCACAAGGUCUCUGAGUGGUUACCAGGUUUAAUGAGCAACAGAUUGGAGUAAGAUUAUGAUGUGUUACAUGAGCUGAUGAGCUAGCUCCUUGCAUUGCAGAAACAGCUGGAGAAAGGCAAAUCACACGGUAAAUCGAGAAAAGAACUAUGUUUGAUAUCAUAAGCACCAGCAGGUUAAAUUGGUGAAGUAUAUUUAGACAGCACAGGAGAAAGGAUUGUGAUAACACACCUCAUCAUCACGUCUACAGCUUACUCAGUUAACUGUGUAAUAUUGGGACGAGAUGGCUGAUUUGAGGGAAACUUUGCUAGUUGUUAAGAUACAUUUUAGAUUAUAGUAUACUGUAUACUGUAUACUGUAUACUUAUACUCGUUAUUGAGUGAACAAAGAUAACAGUCUUAGAGUAAUUGUGACUGAUAUAGAAAUGACCGGAAGUUUUCAGAUAUUUUAUUGAUAACAUUUGUAUCAAAGGUGUAAUUGAAUUUCAUAUUUCUGUUCUAGAACUUCGUAGUUCUUAAGUUUAAGUAAGAUGAAAAGAAUUAAUACAACUAAAUAACGAAUCGUAUAAAUUAUUGAGUUUUACGAAAUAUACAUAACCAUAAAGCUUGAUCAAAGCACAGCUUUGGACGGUUUUCU